UGCACUGCUUGACCCAUGAGAAGAGCAUCACUAUCAAAUUUUUUUUAACACCCAAAUUGAGACUCACUUAACUAUGCGUUAUACUUAAUAUAUUGAUCUGACACAUAUACAUACAUAUAUAUAUAUUAUUAUAAUAUACAAUAUACAUUAUGUCGUCUAAGCGAUCUUUACCGUCUUCAUCAAAUGUGGAUACAUUAUUACUUGAGAAUAUUACGAGAAUUUUAUCAGAAAAGGAUCAUAAUGCCAUGCUUGAAUUAUUCGAAUCUAGUCAUAAUAAAAUAGAGAGACUUAUUUCCAAUUGGUCAUAUUUUUCCUCAAUUAAUGAUCAUCAUCAAUUUAUUGAUGUUUCUGUCAAAUUAUCUAAAAUAUCAGCAAUUCUUGUUGAAAUUAAUAAUAAUGAUGAGAAACUGAAUAAUCUCGAUAUUAAGAUUAAACUUGAGACAUUAAAACCAUCUAUUAUUACAGCAUAUAAAUCAAUAUUAACUACUCAUAUAAAAGUCAUUUAUCGUGCCUUAAAUAAUGCACGAGCAGCAUUAACUAAUCCUAAUUUACGAAUUCUUACUAAUAUGAUUAAUUUUGAUUCUACUAUAGCCAUUGAAAUUCUUAAUAAUUUCGAUCUUUCAUUAUCAUCUUUACCAAAUUUAUUAAUACCUCCAAAAGUUCCUACCACUUCUAAAAAUGAUAAAUCAUUAGGAGAUCAUCUUAUUAUUAGAGUUAAUUUUAUAAAAUGGUGGUUCACAUUUAAUACCAAUUUACCUAAUUAUCAUAGGAAAGAUGUUCUCACUACAAAUUUUAAAAUUAUGAAUAAUCUUUGGAAAUUUAUAUAUAGUGAUAGUGAAGCUACAAUUAAAUUUAUAAUUGAAUUCAUUGAUAAAAGCAUUUUAAAUGAACCUCAUUUCAAAAAAUCAACUAAAUGUAAAAUCUUGAAUGAUAAUUUCAUGCAUAAAUAUCAACCAUUAUUCUCUAGAUUUGAUAAAGAAGAAUGGUUUAUUACAUUCCUGGAAAAAUUAGUUAGUGAUUCAGUUUAUGGAUUAACUUUCCCAAAUCCAAGGGUUUGGUAUUCUUCAUCCUCCAAUAAUUCAUCUGGAGUUUCAAUAUCAGUUAAUAAUAAAUCAUUUAAGAUUAAUAAUAAGCUUAUCUAUACAUUCUUAACUACCCUCAAACCAACUGAAUCUUUUCAACAAUUAUCGUUUGUUAUGACAAUUCUUAAAUCAAAUCCUGAAUUAAUAGCUCCAUAUUUCAAUUACCUUGUUCAACAUGGAGGUGGAUAUCAUGAUCCCUCUUUAACAUCAUGGUGGAUUGCUCAUUCAUUAUUAUAUUCAACUAUCCUUCAGAUUCCAAUCAUUGUGGUACAAGAUGAAGAUGUUUAUGAUACUUCUACAAAAUUCAAUAUUAAAUUAAUUGCUGAUUGUAUAAUUCCAGCAGCAAUUUCAAAACAAGCUAUCACCAAAUCAUUAACAUCGAAUAAACCAUUAAUUAUUCAAUUGACUCUACAAAUAUUGAUUCAUAUCUUAACCAAUGUUGAACGUAUAUUAAAAAUAGUUGAUAAUAAACAAGGAUUAUUAGAUAUAAUAAAAGUUAAUUUACCAGAAAUUAAUACAAUUAUUCAAACAUUUGAGAAGCAUGAGAAAGAAGAUGAAGAUGGAAAUAAAUUAAUUAAAUUAUCAUCACUCAUGGUAAUUAAUAAACUUUCUGCUAUAACUGAUAGUGGGAAUUCAAAUGUUUCAAAAUUAGCUAAUAAUGGAAUUAAUUUACUCUUAACUUCUUUAACAACUAUAUCUCAUUAUGAUUUAUCAUUAUUAGAUAAUUAUUUAUCUAUUCAAACCAAUCAACAACAAACAUCUCAAGAAUUUAAAUGGUGGAAUAAAACUUCAUCUACUUCAUCAUCAUUCUUUACAUCAUUAAUUAAAUUAUCAAUUAAUAAAUCUGUUUCUGAUGUUUCAUCAACAUCAUUCAAUUGGAAAAUAGUCAGUCUUCUUGUUAAACUUUGUCAAACCAAUAGAUUACUCUUUAAUAGAAGUUUACUUGAAUCUCCAUUGGUGGCAUUAAUUCAAGCCCUUUCAGAUUUGAAUACAGUUGUCGAUGAUAAUAUUUGGAAUUUAGUUGAUGAAUCUAUCUCAAGAUCUGUUAGAAGUCCUUAUAAAUAUUUAGAUCUCUCCCAUUCAACUUAUGAUGAUAUUAGUAUAUUUGUGGUUGCAAUAUUUGAACAAUUUAAGUUCAUUAUUAAUAAAGAAAAUGAUAUUACAACCAGAAAUCAUACGGAAUUCUUAUUAACUUUUAUUAGAUAUUUGAUUGUGGUAGGUGAAUCUAAAAUAAGUUUAUUGAAGUUAUGGAAUACAUAUGUUGAUGAAGAUAUCAGAACAAAGAAUAUUUCACAAUUGGAUAUCUUAGAAUUUGAUGGGAAUAUGGUAGAAAAUCCAACAGAAAUUAAUUUCUUAAAGUAUAUUCUUACUAGUCCUAUCACCUAUUUAAAUAAAUCAUUAACUAUAUUGGAAAAGAAAUUACCUACUACUGAUAUGGAAUUUGCAGCUUUAGUACUUAAAUUACAACUUAUAGUCCAAUCUGAAUUAUCUAUAUCAACAGAUGCAUUGAUUAUAGAAUUAAUUUCUAAAUUGGGUAAUUAUCUCAUCUCAAAACCAUCAACUCAUCUUAUAGAUUAUAUUAUUUCAUCUAAAUUCUGGGGAUCAUUAUUUCUUUCUAAUAAUGAAAUUGAUGAAAAGAAGAUACUUUUUGGAGGAUUAUUCAGUGAAGUAUUACAACAAUUAUCAAUUAAAUCUAUAAAUGUGAGUCCAUUGAAUCAAUACGUGUAUGAACAAUUCAAUUCAUGUGAAACUUUGAGUGUACAAUAUCAACUUUAUAUUUCUAAUUUUGGUUGGUUACUUACUAAUAGUCAGCUUCAAUCUAUUAAGAUUAAUAAAUCUAAUGAUUUAUUGAAAUUAACAAUUGCAUCUCUUUAUCAUCAAAGAAAUAUGGUUAUAUCAGUAGCUUCAUUUAAUGAUAUCCGUAGUAUUAAUGGUGAACUAGAACAAAAGAAGUCAGAUAUCUUAUCUAAACUUGUCCAUGAUAAUUUAAUCGAUUUUGAAGAUGAUUUACCCAUAAUAAUUAAAACUCUUGUUGAUUCCAAACAAGAUUACUAUUUAUUAAAUGGUUUACUUGAAUCUACUGAUUCUAAAACUAGACAUCUAGUUAUUGAAUACUUACUGAUUAUGGAAUUUAAUGAGAAUAAUUCUCAACAAGUUGAAUUAUUAUGUUUUGUUGCCUCAUCAUUAGCUAAAGCACAAGCUAAAGCUACAACCCCAAAUGAUAUUAGGACUGAUAAAAUCUUUCAAUUGGCUUCUAAAGUCACUUUGAGGGCAUUAAAGAAUAAUAAUAUUCUUGAAUCUAAUUGGAGUCAAACUUUAAAUAUAUUAACUCAAGGAAUAAAUGGAUUUACACAUGAUGAGAAAGUAGAGGUGGUCGAAGAUUUGUUCAAGUAUGUUGAUACUCAUGGAUUUAAGUUUUCUGUAAUCCCUGAAUUUGCUAAAUUCUUAAGUUCGAUUAGGAUUAUAAUUCCUCCUAUAAAUAAUUGGAUUCAUAAAUCCAUGUUAUAUAUAACUAAAAAGUUUGCUGAAUCAGAACAUUUAUCAUCUAAUUUCCAAGAUUUCUUAAAUGAAAUUGGAAUUAUCCUUAUGUCUGAUAUUCAAGUAUGGAAAAUUGUACCAUCAUCCAUUUUAAAUUCACAAUUAGAAGUGAUUUUAAAUCAUUCCAGAUGGAUCUCAGAAUCUUUAUAUUUAAAAUAUAUCAAUAUCCUUAUUAUGGCAGGUAAUAAAUCAAGUAUUGCAUUUGAAAAAUUACUUCAAAUAUUUAUUAAUAAUGAAGCCAAUCUUCUUAGUGGUCUUCCCUCGACUGAAAAUUAUAAAUCAAGAUAUUUUUCUUCAUUAAUUAUUUUCAAUUUAUUUAAUUUAGAUCCUACUAAGAAUUCCAAAUCAACUUUACUUGGUGAAAAAUUAAUUCUAUUCUAUCUUGGUUCUAUUAGAUCAGAAGAUAUUGUUAUUAAACAUUUAUUAAUUAAGAUUGAAUCAUAUACUAUGAAAUCAUGGAUUAAUAAAGUAUCGAAUUGGGAAUUUAUUGAAGAAUUAUCUAAUAAUGAUAUAGAAUUAAUUGGUGAAGAUCGUUUAAUUACUUCUGAUGGUAAAAAUUCUUUAGUUGUAUCAUUAAAUAAGAAUUUUAUAAAGAAUUCAAUCAUAAAUAUGACAAACAUUUCUAUACAAUUUCCAACUAUUAAUGGAAAAAUUAAUUCAAAAUGGCAAUUAUUGGAACUGUUCUUUAAUAAAAGUGAAAGUUUAAUUAAUUCUUCAUAUGGCUCUACCAUAUAUGAUCCUGAAUUUCUUAUGAUGCUUAUUAUUAAUAAUGAAGAAUUAGUUAAAGUUGAAUCAUCUGAAAGUGAUAAUAUUAAAAAGCCUAAAUUUGAUAUUAAGAAAUUAAUAGAUUCUAAUAUUUUACAAUUUAUUGUUAUGCUGUUAUCAAAUCCAACAGUUUGUUCAAUAUCUAAAAUUUUAUUAAAUGGUAUAGCUGAUUCUUUACAAGAUGAAUCAGAAUCAGAAUCAGAAUCAGAAAAUAAUAAUAAUGGUUUUAAAGAUUCAAAUAUUUAUAAAGUUUAUGUAUCGAAUAUUUUGAAUACUUUAAGAAAAGAUAUUCAAAUUCCAUCAUUAAUUUGGUAUAUUUAUUCAAGUUUUGUACCAAUUUUAUCAAAUCCUGGACAUUUCUUAUAUGAAAAAUCUUUCCGAUACGUUUUAUCGAAUCCAAAUUUGAAAUCAAAUGAUAUACCUCUUUAUUCUAAUAUUAUUUUAUCUAAAACUAAUGAUUCUGAGACUGAAAAUGAUGAAUCUUAUUAUAAACAAAUUGUAUGGUUAAUUGAAUCAUUAAUUGAAGGUACUACUACAUCAGAAGAUUUAGAUUUAAUUAAAUUUAGAAGUGUGAUUGAAUGGAUAAUGAAUUUAACUAAUUCUCCAUUCAUUUCUAUGAGAAUUAAAACUUUAAUACUUAAAUUUUUGUAUAUCAUUCAAUCUAUUGAUCAAGGAGCUGAUAUGCUUGUCACUAGAUUUGGUAUCUUGACAAGUUUAGAUCAAUAUUUAUUAAGAGUUAAUAAUGAAGAUUAUGCUAAGAAAGAUACAUUAAUUAAACAUCAGUUACAAAUCAAUAUCGAACAAGUUAUUCUUAGAUUAGGAAUAGUCGGAUUAGGCAGUAAGCGUAUUAGAAACUGGACUGAAGAGGAUUUACCUAAUUACGUAAAGAGAAUUCAUAAAAGUUGUUCUGUAUAGACAAUAUGGUUUAUCUUAUUAGUGGAACUGACCGUUUGAAUUAUCUGAUGAGAGGUUUAAGAAGAAGGAAUACAAAAUCAAAAUUACUUUACAUAUACAU